UUUUGCCGCCGCGUUUGGUACACGCUGUUCAUACAGCGCUAACGCACGACCAUAAUUAAAGUUCAGACGCGCCGAGGCAGUAGUACGCGUUCGGUUGUCGGCUACCGCGAAAGUUCAACACUGCGCUGUUCCCGCGCGCCGCACACACAUGCAGGAAAGUUUGAAUUACUACCCACAUGUACUAUCAAUUACGACGGGGUAGUAAACAGAAAAAGAGUCCUAUAAGAAUAUCAUUUAAAAGAUAUUCGAAGAUAUGGAGACUGAUUAGUGCAAGUUUUAUGAAAACAAUAAAUUUCGCUAUCAGCUUUCCGAUAGUUGUUUUAUUAUUCCUUAUCAUACCAAUCACUCUUGUGUUCAAAUGGAUCGUGUCUUUGGCUCAUCGAAUUGCUUGUCUAGGAGUUUUAGGAAACGUAAUGACAAACGACGAGAUUCGUUGGUUGGGUUGUUCUUGGCGUCAUUCUACUGUGUUCGCAAUUUUCAUUCUUGACAAUGAAAUGGAAUUGCAAUUUUUACAACAGCUCGUCGUUAACAAAGUACUACCGCAAUGUCCACGAUUAACUGAAAAACCGGUGGUGUUGACAAAUUUAUUUGGGAAUUCGCAUUGUUGGAUGUCUGAUCAUAAUUCAUUCGAUAUUAACCAACAUGUGUUCAAAUCGCGUGAAACCACAAUGGAGAAACACGAGCUGCAGAGGUAUAUUGGGAAAUUAGUUUCUGGUGGUUUAUCAAUAGACAAACCACCUUGGGAAUUGCAUUUGUUGUCUCAAUGCGACGAAGCGAUGCCAGGAAAACGCGAUGCAGUGGUUGUAUUUCUCGCUCACCGGUGUCUAGCAGAUUGGAUAUCUUUGGCUAAAUUAUUGUGCACUUGUUUGUCAGAUACGAAACCAUACUACCAUACUUCAGAAAAUCCAACAAAAAUGCGAUAUUGGACAAGCGUAGCGAGAACUGUGAUGACUGGACCUGCAGAAAUUUUAUGGAAAAUGAUUACCCCAAUCAAUGAUGACAAUAUAGUGACUCCGGAUCCCCUAUCUUUAAACUAUAAUAUAAGUUGGUCUUGUUUUCAAGGUGCUCUAUCCAAAGUUAACCGAAUUAAUCAAGUGACUAAAACUCCUAACAGUUAUGUAGUUUUGUCUGCAAUUGCUGGAUCGUUGCACGUUAUGAUGAAAGUCAUUGGACUGCAGCAACUGGACAACAUGAAUAUUGUUUACCCUGUGCAAACUGGGAACACCGACCACUCGGCACCAGUUCUCAUUCGUUUACCAAUAGGCAUUGAAGGUGCCAUCCCAAGAUUGUGGUUUACCAAGAAAGCAAUGCAAAACAUGUAUCGUUCGGAUCAAGCUUUAUUGCCAGCAAUAGUUUCUUUAUUAAUGCCACUCCACUCUUCGGGAACCAGAACACUUUUAUCUGGGCUCACUGACAAUUUGGCUUGUCUACAGUUUAGUUGGGUAUCUGGCCCAAGGUCAAGAAUUAUAAUCAAAGGGUCUCCGCUAAAAACAGUUUACUCUGUAUUGCCGUCUCAACAAACUAUUGGUGUUUCAGUCUCGGUGUUUACAUACACCGAUGAUAUAUUCAUUAGUGUCAGUGCAGAUAGUGCGAUUGGUGAAGGGUUUGGUGAAACUUUAUUGUUCAACAUAAAACGUCAAAUUGACCAGAUGUACGAGCUGUUAAGGUACAGAAGAAUACCAAAGGAUUUAAAGAACAGUUUUUUAAUAUCGAAUAAUUUUAAAGAUUUAUCGUCUAUAGAUAUUGAAGGGCUUAUAGGGAAAAUGAAAGAUAUUCAGUUACAACUACAAAUGGCUAAAGAACUAGGUGUGUAUAACGACGACGGAAUAAGACAUGUAAAUCAACUUAGAGGCGAGUACUCGGUUUUACUUCGAGAACUACGCAAAAGGAAACACAAAAAUAAAAGAAAUAUUGUACAGAAAAUGUUGGGAUGUUCAAAUCCUUUUAAUUCCAAGUUAAGCUGUGAAAAAGAACAAACUAAGACGGUCCAAGCUUCAAGAAAAUUACAAGAAGCAACUAAUAUAUUUGUCGCACAAACUGCUCAAGAUUACCGUCCUAAAAUACAUAUUUGUAGGAGUACUGUUUAUGCUAAAGACAAUUUUUUAGGAUUACCUAAAUUACCUAGGGAACAACUGCUCACUCAGAUCUAAAUGGUGUUUCAGUUUUUGAAUUAUCCGGUGUAUAUGAUUGUAUAUCUUUUAAUCUGUGCUUCCUUAGCUCAGAUAUUUUUUCUCAAAUUGAAAUGCUAAUUCUUAAAAAGACUUGACUACUUAUUAAUUUAUUUUUGACGUUUUUACCGUUGUGCUGUACAACAUAUUUUUCGUAUUUCUACGAAUGAUUCAAAUUAUUUAAUAGUGUACCACGCUGUAACGUCCACUAAUAGUGAUGUGUAGUUUUUAAGGGAUUCCAAUAAAAUUGUAUAAUUUUUUGUUCUUAUUAAUUUUGUAAGUGUGCGCCUUAAAUUUAGAUUCCUCUUCAGUAGGUCUAAAAUGUCAAUGGUCGCAUUAACUAUAUGCUAUAUAAUUAGUACAUGAAAUACAAUUAUG